GUAUGAUGAUUAGAACAUAACCAGAGGGACACGCUGAAUUCGCCACAAUCAAGGAAACCUUUUCCGGGUGGGGAUCUCUGAAAUUACUCAGUGAGCAACCCUAAUUAAACCUGAUUUUUUGCUGAUAAUCACUCUCAAUGGAAUCAAAUCACAAAUCCGGGGAUGGAUUGAGCGGCACCCAGAAGGAAGCAGCCCUCCGCGCACUGAUCCAGCGUACAGGAUAUAGCUUGGUCCAGGAGAAUGGACAAAGAAAGUAUGGUGGCCCUCCACCUGGCUGGGAUGCUGCACCCCCGGAAAGAGGCUGUGAAAUUUUCAUUGGAAAACUUCCCCGGGAUCUUUUUGAGGAUGAGCUUAUACCAAUAUGUGAAAAAAUUGGUAAAAUUUAUGAAAUGAGAAUGAUGAUGGACUUUAAUGGAAACAAUAGAGGAUAUGCAUUUGUAACAUUCUCAAAUAAACUGGAAGCCAAGAAUGCAAUCAAGCAACUUAAUAAUUAUGAGAUUAGGAACGGGCGUCUCUUAGGGGUUUGUGCCAGCGUGGACAACUGCAGACUGUUUGUUGGCGGGAUCCCAAAAACCAAAAAGAGAGAAGAAAUCUUAUUGGAGAUGAAGAAGGUCACUGAAGGCGUGGUUGAUGUCAUUGUUUACCCGAGUGCUGCGGAUAAAACCAAAAACCGGGGCUUUGCCUUUGUGGAGUAUGAGAGUCACCGGGCAGCUGCCAUGGCGAGGAGGAAGCUGCUACCAGGAAGGAUUCAGUUAUGGGGACAUCCUAUUGCAGUAGAUUGGGCAGAGCCAGAAGUAGAAGUUGAUGAAGACACAAUGUCAUUAGUGAAAAUCCUGUAUGUAAGAAACCUUAUGCUAUCUACCUCAGAAGAGAUGAUUGAAAAGGAAUUCAACAAUAUUAAACCAGGAGCUGUGGAGAGGGUGAAGAAAAUCCGAGACUACGCUUUUGUGCAUUUCAGUCAUCGAGAAGAUGCAGUGGAGGCUAUGAAAGCUUUAAAUGGAAAGGUGCUGGACGGUUCUCCUAUUGAAGUGACCCUAGCCAAACCAGUGGACAAGGACAGUUAUGUUAGGUACACCCGAGGCACAGGUGGAAGGGCCACCAUGCUGCAAGGAGACUAUACCUACUCUCUGGGCCAUGUUUAUGAUCCCACCACAGCCUACCUUGGAGCUCCUGUCUUCUAUGCCCCCCAGGCCUAUGCAGCGAUUCCCAGUCUUCACUUCCCAGCCACCAAAGGACACCUCAGCAACAGGGCCAUUAUUCGAGCCCCUUCUGUUAGAGAAAUUUACAUGAAUGUACCUGUAGGGGCUGCGGGAGUGAGAGGACUGGGCGGCCGUGGCUAUUUGGCAUACACAGGCUUGGGUCGUGGAUACCAGGUCAAAGGAGACAAGAGAGAAGACAAACUCUAUGACAUUUUACCUGGGAUGGAGCUCACCCCAAUGAAUCCUGUCACUUUAAAACCUCAGGGAGUUAAACUUGCUCCCCAGAUAUUAGAGGAAAUAUGUCAGAAAAAUAACUGGGGGCAGCCUGUGUACCAGCUCCACUCUGCCAUCGGACAAGACCAAAGGCAGCUCUUCUUGUACAAAAUCACCAUCCCUGCCCUGGCCAACCAGAACCCGGCAAUCCACCCUUUCACGCCGCCCAAGCUAAGUGCCUAUGUGGAUGAAGCAAAGAAUUAUGCGGCCGAGCACACCCUGCAAAGCCUGGGUAUCCCCACUGAUGGAGGAGACGCUGGGACCGCCGCUGCCGCCGCUGCCACCUCUGCUACUGUUUUCCCAGGAUAUGCCGUCCCUAACGCCACCGCACCUAUGUCUGCAGCCCAACUCAAGCAAGCAGUGACGCUUGGACAAGACUUAGCAGCGUACACAGCCUAUGAGGUCUACCCUACUUUCGCAGUGACUGCUCGAGGCGAUGCCUAUGGAGCCUUCUGAAGAUCUCUUUCUUCUAAUUUAAGACAUAAAACUCUAAAGAGAAGAAAUAAACCUCUAACUUAGUCCCCUA